AGCUCAGAUCGCCAAGUUGCUGUGAUGGCGUCUUGAGGCGAAGGGACGAGGUCAUGAUGAUGUUGUUUUUUAUCUCCCUCCUCCUUGCAGCAAAUGGUCACGCAGGUAACCAACCACACCGACCGCACUGCAUUCAUUCGUCAACAUCCUUCUGCUUUGCAGGGCGGCCAUCGGCCGGUUUGGAGGCUGUCCGGGAGCUGAAGCACGCUGCUCUCUUGGUGUGUGAGGGGCAUGGCAGCGCCUGUGCAUUUGUCGUGUGUGAUCCUCUGUUUGUCGCCUUCAGGGGGAUGUAGUGUUGGCGCAGCGCAUCCUUGACCAAGGCGCCGAUCCCAAUGAGGGCAGGCCCGACAACAAGACGUCACUCAUGUGGGCGAUUGAUGGCACUCUGCCGCGGAAGAUGGUCGAGGUGCUGCUGCCCUACGUGACCGACCUGGAUGUCCGAGAUGAAAGAGGGAGGUCGGCUCUGCACUACGGGGCAACCAGGGGCGACAACGAUGUGGUGAGAGCGCUCCUCAAUGCGACCGGGAAGGUGCGGGGCGAUGCGCGGCUGCCGGACGUCAAUGGACGGGACAGCGGCGGACUCACUCCUUUGUUGGUCGCUGUGAAUCACGGCGAAUUCGCUGACGUUGUCCAGACUCUCCUGGACCACGGUAGGAGGGAGAGGGGGGUACCACGGGCAACAAAGUUUUGUUGAGAUUCUCUUAUUACUUGUGUGUCAGGUGCCGACAUAGAGGCGCAAGGCGCCGUUCGUGAAUCACGCGACCUUACCGUCAGCCCACUCAUCGAAGCUGCAGCAAAGGGGCGACACUUUCACAAUGCACGAGCAACAUGGAAGGCAGCUGCCUCGACCUUUUUGUACGUGCAGGGGCGAGUCAAGAGUGUGGAGAUAUUGUUGAAGAAUGUUGCGGACAUACACCGACGCGGCGGACGGCAGAUAUCAGCGUUGAUGGUAGGGAGCGCUUGCACCUGCGGAUCGGGGCUCGGUUGCAACUCGGGCAACAAGGCCCAGAUUGUGAAGAUAUUGCUUGACAAAGGAGCCGACAUUCACGCCCGUAACCACAAUGGAUGGCAGCCUCUUCAUUACGCUGCGAUGGGGUAACGAAAGCGCCAUCCGAUUAUGGUCAUUCUUCACUGCUGGCUGGCUCUCUUUGGCUGUGCAGCGGCUGCGAUGAGCUAGUGGACAUUCUCAUAGACGCAUCUGCCAAUCCCCUGGUUCCCGCGAAGGCUGGCGCGCCUGCUGAAGUGGCUGAUAACUCCGUAACUUGGACUGCUGUCGAUUCUAUGCAUUAUGCCCAUGUGCCACUGCUUGUCGGUUGAAAUGUGUGCAGGGUCAUCCUGCUCUCGCAAAACGCUUGAGGGACUAUGAAGACCGUAAGUGCAAAUAGCCGAGGCAACCACGUCGGUGAGCAAAACGAUCAUCUUGCAUGUGUAGAGAGGAUUCGCGCGAUGCUGGAUGACACUGACGAGUCCACAAACAGCUCCGUGAGCAGUGUGGACCUCGCCAUGGGACUCAAACGUGCUGCUUUCCACGUAAGCCGGGUGUCUCGGGGAAAUGACAUAGCCUUGUCAACUCUAUACUUGGCAUUCUUGUGUUGUCAGGGCAAUAGCUUUCUCGUGUCCCUCUUGUUGGAUGAGGGAGCGGAUCCGAAUGAGCGUCAGCCCGACAACAGGACAGCCCUCGUGUGGUCCGAGAACGGCACGAGUCCCCUGCAGAUGGUGCAGCUGUUGCUGCCUCACAUGCGAGCCAUCGACGACAUCGAUAGCGAGGGGAGGUCGGCGCUCCACUAUGCUGCGAUGACGGGUGACGCUGCGGUCGUCAGGGCCCUGCUGGAGGCAGCUAACAGCAGCAGAAGGGCUCCUGACGUGAAUGGCCUCGACAUAGCAGGAGAGACUCCGAUGUUCGUUGCCGUCUACAAUGGCGGCUCGCCAGACGUCGUCGAAGCGCUCAUAGAAUUCGGUGAGCGCCAGGAUAUACGGCGUGUCACCUCCGUCACCUGUCCUUAUUCGUCCGAUUCAGGUGCACACGUAAACGAAACGAACGAAGGACGGUUGGUCCCCCUUCAUGUGGCUGCAAGCCGAGGACGUGUUGGCGCAGUGGAGGUGUUGCUCCGACACGGGGCGGACCCAAACGCAGUGGGAGGCUGCAACGUUGCUGCGGAAACACUGCUGUUACUGGCCUGCGGGUGCACGUGCAGCGAUGGACAUCAUAUUGAGCUGUACCGCUCCCUCGGUUUCGAUCGGUGUGAUGACCGCCACAGCAGAAUGCUUGAGCUGGCCUUAUCGUAUGGAGCUGAUGUCAACGCUGUCGGACUUCUCGGAGUCACUGCACUUCAUGUAGCUGCAGCGGGGUGAGCUACUCUACUCACACACACCUUGUGUGUAUCCAUGUUUUUCUUUGUGCUGUUGCUUUCGUGCAGGGGAUGUUCUGACACAGUUACCAGGCUACUCAAGGCCCUUGCUGACCCGACAAUCGCUGGCCGCUUUGGCGACGAACUGACGGCGGCCGGCAGGGCGUUCAACGAGGUAUGCAGGCUGUGCUGUGUGGGCUCUGUAGCUCACCCCUGCAGAAUGGUGCUGCUACAUGGCUGCCUGUCUGCAGGGUCACAUUUUUCUCGGAUGCCACCUCAAAUUCCACGAAUGUGAGUCGAACGAAGAGGAAGUGUUCUUUGCUUGUGGCAGACCAUUGUCUUUGGUGCGUUCGUUGUCUGCAGACAAGACUCACCUCAUUCGGUUCUUCUCCUCGCCGUGGUCUGUGGCUCUGGUGCUCUGCUGUGUUGCGGUCCUGCUGCUGGCCAAUCGGCGGAUGCGUCGCCGUCUGCUCUUCGCCAUCAGAUGGCUCAAGGAAAAGCCCAUGGAUCGGCUGAAGGAAUCUGUAGAAGGUAAGAAACGGACAAAGAACGGAAAAUAUGACAACGGCUGCAUGAUGAUGGGUCUGUCUGUGGUUUUACUGGCACCACUUCAGCGGGCACACAGCGCCUCAGCAAGCGCGAUAAGAACAGACUGAAGAAGAGCCGUACUCGGGAUGAGGGGGAAGGCACCCGAAUGGAGGCAAGCCGCCCAGACACUGAUGCCGCAGAGAGCAUCACCCAGUAGGUGGCAGCAACCGUCGUGCAGAAAGCACUGUCUUGUGUGUGCGAUGGGUUGCAGUGACGCUGUGGAUGAGAAGGACGCCACACGAACCCCAGCGAGGCCGGCAGACGCCGAUCCCGCCGAAAAUGAAACCAGGUGGGUGACAGCCACCACUUCGGCAUAAGAAAUCAUGUGUCUGCCAUGUGUGUCUGAUGAAUUGCAGAUGUGGAGAAGUCGUCAAGCGCUGGCAGGAGAAGUAUUCGGCGGCCAUCCGCGAGCGCGAUGCUGCCCGAGAGGCCCUCAGACAGACAGAGAGCACCCUGCAUGCCGAACGCGAUAAGUGAGAAGAACCAGCCAGCAGAGCAGAGGGGACUACACUUAUACGUGCGGUGCAGGGGAGAGUCUGACCGUCAGAAGGUCAAGUCCCUCAGCACAUCGCUGCAGCAGGCGAAGCAAGAAUGCACCAAAGCCCAGAAGGAGGCCAAGCAGCUGACCACCAGGUGAGGACACUAACGAGGCACAGCUGCAUCGGCCAUACGGGUCUGUGUCUGGUGCAGGUUAGACAAGCAGGUAGAGGUGGCCGAGAGGGAGAAGGCCAGCAAGGACGAGGCCAUAGCUGCCGCCCAGCGACAGGCCCACACCCUCACUGACGAAAAGGACAAGUGAGCGGCUGUUCUGAUACACAAGGCACCGCUCAGCCACAUGCCGACUGGUUUCCCUCUCAGGAUGAAGGCUCGCCUGGACGGCACCGUGAAAGAGAGGGACGCCGCACACAAGAAGAUCCGAGAGUAGGCAACAUCAAGACGCCACGCGGUGACGUUGCCUGCUUGUCCUUUCUCCAUUGUUUGUGUGUGUGCAGUUUAGAGGCAUCUGUCCGGGAGCUGCAGGCAGACGUGGGCUGCCUCGACUCUGCUAGCAUCGACAGGUGGGCGCCACUUAAAAGAACGAAAAAUCAACGUAUCGCUGGCCUGUCUCUCGUCAUGCAUGCCUUUGUCAUCAGGUUGUCUGCUGACCGGCUGGAGCACACCGACCAGGAGGGCGUGCGAAGUUUCCAGAGCGACAUCCAAGAGGCCAUGCAGCAGCUGGCGUCUGCUCGCGACCGGCUGAUGGGCCGCCUGGCCGGCGUGUCUGACCAGGAGCGGCAGCUGCGUGAGCUGGAGGUGCAGGCCAAGGAAAAGGCCGAUGACCUACAGAAGUGUGUCGUCUGCAUGGACGAGGCUCAGCCCGCCACCAUUGUGCUGAGUCCCUGCCGCCACAUGUGUCUGUGCGACAAGUGCUGGCGCAAGUACCGCAGGAGAGAGUGCCCCAUGUGCCGCAAACCUUUUGACCGCGACAGGUCGGGGGCGGUCUACAUGUCGUAGCUAUAUGCAGCUGGGGUGGGUGAGUGGGGUUCCUGGGGUGCGUGUGCAUGGGUGUGUGUGAAUGCGUGCAGUGUGCCAUUUGUGGCUUCAUGUACAAGCAAUGAAGGUGUGGGCCGGGGCGGGAAGUAGCUCUUGCAGGUAUACAAUUAAUUAGUGGGGACAGCAGGUCUUGCUGUUCAGGUGUUGACUGGGCUUAUCGUAGAUGGCGCUGCCUCUUUUGGUAUGGUUUUGCGUGUGGCAUUCUCCAACCGCCUACAGGUCGUAGCCAUGCAGCUGAGGGGGUGGGUGCCUGGGGUGCGCUGUGUGCGUGUGGAUGGUGCAUUCAUGUAGCGCGCCAUUUGUGGCUAUAUAUUCAAGCGAUGUGGG